AGUAUGUGGAAGGCAGAGAUGAGCAGCGUCAUGGCCCGCACCUCUGGACCUGAUGAGAGCACGCUGCAGGUGUUGCGGGACAUCGCCAACCGCCUGCGAAUCCGGUGCAUCAGGGCCACAAGUACUUCGACGAGCAAUAUCACACCGUGCAGCAGUGCUUCUGAGAUCAUGUCUGUGCUGUUCUUCUACACGAUGAGAUAUAAACAGGACGACCCAGAGAACCCAAACAACGACCGAUUCGUCAUUUCAAAGGGAGUACCAUUUGUUAAUGUGGCAACAGGAUGGCCAAGGCAAGGACUCGGGGCUGCCUGUGGGAUGGCAUAUACUGGCAAGUACUUUGACCAAGCCAGCUACCGAGUGUUCUGUCUUCUGGGGAACGAGUCCACAGAAAACUACAUCUGGGGGGCAUUGGCCUUUGCAUCCCACUACAAUCUGGACAAUCUCAUAGCAAUCUGUGAUGUGAAUCACGUUGGACACGGUGGCUCUUUAUCUGUGGACCACUGUGUUGAUGCCUACCAGAUGCGUUUUAAAGCCUUUGGGUGGAAUACUUACGUGGUUGAUGGCCGUGAUGUGAAAACCCUAUGCCAUGUGUUCUCAGAGGCAGCUCAAGUAAGAGGCAAGCCCACUGCUGUGGUUGCCAAGACCUUCAGGGCCCGAGGCAUGCCAGAUGUUGAGGAUGCAGAAAGUUGGUGUGGAAGACCAAUGCCAAAAGGAACAGCAGCUACAAUUAUCAAAUUAAUUGAGAGCCAGAUACAAACCAACAGGAUUCUUGCACCACCGCCCCCUUUUGAGGACUCACCUGAAAUCAACAUCAUGGAUAUAAAUAUGACCUCGCCUCCUGCUUAUGUAGUUGAUGACAUGGUAUCUACUCAAGAAGCAUGUGCUUUGGCUCUGGCUAAACUGGUCCAUGAAAAUGACAGAGUGGUUGUACUGCAUGCUGACAACAACAACUCCAGUUUUUCUGACAUAUUCAAGAAAGAAUACUCAGAGAGAUUCAUCCAGUGUCAUAUUGCUGAGCAAACCAUGAUGAAUGUGGCUCUAGGCUGUGCCACCCGUGGCCGGACCAUUGCUUUUGCUUGCAUCUUCGCUGCCUCUUUCUGCCAAGUAAUUGAUCAGAUCCGAAUGGGAGCCAUCUCUCAAAGCAACAUCAACCUUAUUGGUUGCCAUUGUGGGGUAUCUACUGGUGAGAACAACAAUCAUGUGGCCCUGGAAGACCUGGCUAUAUUACGAGCAGUUUCCAACUGUACUGUUUUUUAUCCAAGUGAUGCCAUCUCCACAGAACAUGCUGUUUAUUUAGCCGCCAAUACUGAGGAUUUGUGCUUCAUUCGUACCAGCCAAGCAGAAACUGCAAUUAUUUACACCAGCCAAGAAACCUUUCGCAUUGGACAGGCCAAGGUUGUCCGCUAUAGUGACAAUGACAAGGUCACAAUUAUUGGAGCAGGAGUCACUGUGCAUGAAGCCUUAGUCGCUGCUGAUAAGCUCUCUAAAGAAGAUAUCUUUGUCCGUGUCAUUGACUUGUUUACCAUUAAACCUCUGGAUACUUCCACCAUCAUUUCCAAUGCAAAAGCCACAGGUGGCCGAAUUAUCACCGUGGAGGAACACUACCCAGAAGGUGGCAUUGGAGAAGCUGUCUGUGCAGCCGUCUCCGUGGAGCCUCACAUGAUGGUUCGUCAGCUGGCGGUAAUGAAUGUGCCUUGGAAGAGAAGAUCUAGUCAAGUGGUAGAUUUUUCUGGAAUUAGUUCUAGACACAUCAUUGUGGCUGUGAAGUGCUUCUUAACAAACAAAAUUAUUUAGCUGUUGGCUUUGUACCAAAACCAUUACUUAGAUUAAAAAUGUUGUGCUUUGUUCUCCUUAAAGGCAAAAGCAGUUACCACCUUUAUUCCUCAUUCAGAAAUUCAAAUUUCCCUUUAAUCUGUGACUACAUAUACAAAUAUCAGCUGUUUUAACCACCAAAGUGGGUUACAAAAUUUUAAAUGGCAGACUAGCUAACAAGACAACCACCUGAUACUGAACUUUCUCAUAAGACUGAAUUUAAGUGGAUUAAGGAACAAUGUAGAAGUAACAGUUUAAAAGUAUUUCCCUUAUAAGUAAAGCAAAUGUGUGUUGAGCUGUGGUCCUUAGCCCAGCUUUCAUAGCACCCACCCCUGACAUGCACAGUGCUGUUCAACUUGAGUUACCAUCUAUGCUGCCUUCGUACCUGCAGCUUCCAGGGUAAUGCGUAACUUCAGAUGCUCUUGAAUUGUCUCUGCUGUUUCCCUUCAUAUCCCCUCCACUGUUCACACAACGAAAAGAAUUAGGAUGACUUGUGCUGUUGGUGAUGACUGUUCUGUGAAAACAUGAGGACACUAG